UGUGUACUGCAACCUAAAGUAAGAGAACGAAGUAAAGCUGCCUCGAUUGCGGAACCCAAGCUUGUUGACCGCCUUGACCGCCCUGGAGUGUGGGUGUGUACGGGGCUCCGCUCGCCGGCAACCUGUCAACUUACCUACUUCAAGCUCUCGCCUUUGCUUCAACUCUCAUCGCCUUUCUCUUUUAUUACUUCCUCUUUUUCUCAAAGGCUCUACACAAAAGCAUCUACACACAACAUGGCCGACCGUUUCCCCUCCCUGGAGGACUUCUCUGAGGGUCAGACCGAGGUUGUUGACACUCACACCGGUGGCGACGAUGACUUUCUCGCCCGCGAGCGCGCUGCUCUCGGUGAAGACGCCGACCAAUUCGCAACCGCUCACGACCAUGUUGCAGCCAACGAGGGCGGACACGGAGACGAUGACCUACUAGGUGGUGAUGACGGAACCCCCGCAGAGGAAAUUGGACAGUUUGAGUCUGCAUUCCCCUCAGUAGAUGUGGAUACACAAAAUGAGCGAGUCGCCCCCGGUGGUACGAUCACUGGCUCUGGUUCUCCCUUCCCUUCUACUGGUUACUCAAACACUCAGCCCCAGGACGAGGGCGAUGCUGUUCGUGAAUGGCGUGAGAAGCGCGACUCUGAGAUUGCCCGCCGUGCCGAGGUCUCAAACGAGAAGAAGGAAGCCACCGUGAACAAGGCCCGUGAGGACAUCGACGACUUCUACGUUUCCUACAACAACAAGGCGGACAAGCACCGUGCCCAGACCAAGGCUGAGGCUGAGCAAUUCCUUGCCAGUCGUGAAGACACCUCCGCCGGUGGUACUAGCUGGGAGCGUAUCGCCAAGUUGGUUGAUGUUUCUGGUAAGGGCAACACUGGUGGUGCGAGCGGCUCCGGUAAGGAGCGCUUCCGUGAGCUGUUGAUCGACUUGCGGAAAGAUCAAGAGGCUCCGGGCGCUAGCGGGAUCUAG